AUGUCGGACCGGUUGGAGGAUAUUCAUCUCGAAGACUGCUGGUUGUACAGUCAGAAUUGCCGUAAUUGUACGGCACAUGCCACACAAGUGAUAGUUUACCUGCCACUGCUGAUGGUUGAAUUGUCAUCUUCCAUGCUACCAACAACUUGA